AUGUGCAGACGCGGCGGGCCACCCCGGUGCUCUUCUUGGCGCAACCGACGCGAGUCGCGGGUGCUCCUCCCACGCGCACCGACUGACCGGAGCCGCCAAGAGGCGCGCGGCCCUGAUGGCGAUCGGGAGGCCCCCGCCUCCCCCUCCGUAAUCGCCCUGUCCGUCGACGCCCUCUUUGUCACGGAUCCUGGUCGGCGGCCCGCUCGGAGAGGUCGCCGAGGUGGUGGCUUGCUCGUCGUGUGGCACCGCCGCGUCGCGCCAAUCAUGCCGGACUGGCCCAACGGCUCAUCGCAUACGCGAGCCACCGCUGCGGCAGUGCCUCCUCCGUGGACGGCAGCUGCUCCGCCUCUCCGGCUAAGGAGGGGGCGGGGUUAG